AUGUCCGGGCUGCCAAGUAUACUCGACGAGUCCUUAGAUCGAAUAGCGCGUGGUGAAACAGAACUGGACAUUUCGGAGUCCAUGAACGAGGAUAGCCUCGACCUGGACGACCCAGUAGAUGAUGAUACUUUCGAACUCCCGCUCAAACCUCGAAGGCGCGUUCUGCACGCGUCAAACUUUGCUGACUUGGAGGCAGAGCCCGCCCUCGACAAGCGCGUGCGAUUUGAAGCUGCGGGCCCGCCGUGGUCGCCACUCUCUGUAGAGAAAAUCGCAGUUCCUGAAAAAGGCAUCAUGAAUAGCAAGCCCCCCAAGCUUAACCCUGCAUCCAGCGCAGGCGCGCGAAAACCACAUAUUGAAGACCUUAUUCAACACGCACAUAGCCUGAACCGCUACCUGGACCAAAAUCUGGAUCGCAUAAACACAUUCCAGUCGCAUCUGUUUGAGCAGGGCCUAGAAGCCCCUCAGAACACGGGCCAGAUCCUGGCCAGCAACGUGGCCACAGCACCAACGACGCCAUCAGGGUCAGCCUCGAACUUCCAAUUGAGCGAGAUCGGCGAUUCGAGCGAGAGCUUGGACUACGAGCAAGACAUUCACGAUGAAAGCAUUUCUGCUGCAGCGCUUCAGGCCGAUAGUGAACGAGACGACCGCAAGAUCAAGCAGAUUCUGUCGAGGCACCAGACUUCAACCUACCCUCUUUCAGAAAACCAGUCGAGCGUAAACCUAGCAGGCGACGACAGUCGUUCGGAAGUUAGCGCUCUGGAUCACUUCAGAGAUCUUGCGGCAUCAACAAGAACCUCCGUCGCCACUUCCUCGGAAGACCUCUUCAACAUGCCGCACUCACCAGUGAUACACGAUCUGAAAUUUAUUAUUCCCAAGAUUGCCGCUCAGAGGCCCUCCGCCAUAAGCUCCCUAGGCGCUGGCGACGAUGCCGAGCCCCCUGACAUGGACUGUGAAGCGGCUCUUGCCCUGUACACUACGACUAUAACACUCUUACUAAUGAUGAGCAAACAAAGCGAAGACCCGAAGCAAGAGGCUCUGCCAUCUUUUGCCACUUUUGUCAUGGAGUCUGUUCCAACCUUGGCGUACGAAGAUUACUUAAAAAGACUUCACUGCAAGUUCUCUUUUGCACCAAUCGUGUAUCUCACCGCGGCGCACCUGCUGCAGACGCUAUUUCUGACGAGAGUUGACGAAGAGCUCCAUUGCAAGCACCACUUGGACCCACGACAGGUUCAUCGACUUGUAAUAGCUAGCAUACGACUCGCUACGAAACUACUCGAGGACUGUGUCCACUCCCAUUCGUACUUCAGCCGGAUCUGUGGUAUCUCAAAAAAGCUUUUAACCAAAUUGGAAGUCGCCUUCUUAGAGUGCCUGAACUUCGAGGGUCUCAAGAUAACAAACCAAAGCCUGCUGGAUGCAGCACAAGUCCAGCAGGAGCUUAGCGCUCUUGCCGCGUAG